GUAUUACCGACUUGGCAUAAUCGAGUUUUAGUUGAUGGUAAAAGGCAAUGAUUCGGACAAGGGUGAUUCUCUACCAGAAAAAAUUUCUAUCUUCGAAGGUUGAUUAAGAUGUGUCUAAAACCCCCAAACGAUAUUAACAAAGAUGCAAGUGCUGUGUUGUUAGAUGAUUAUAACAGUGAUAAUAUCGACGAGUUGGAUGGUGACGGCGAAUGUGGCAAAGAAUCGUGUGCUGAAGACGUGGGUUAUGUAGAAGAUGAUCCUGCUUAUCAGAUUGAUGAUGAUGAUGAAGUUGAGGACACAGAUAACGACGACGAGUGCAUUGUGAGUAUCGAGGCUAAUGGUUUAGAGCUAGGAGAAGACGAAUAUGAUUUAGUAGAGGAUUGUGAUGAAUGUGACUGUUGCGAUGAAAGUGGCUAUGAAGAUGAGGAACAUGAGGAUUUAUGUGAAGUAGAAGACGACGAAUAUGAGGAUGGUGAUGAAGAUGAUGAAGACGAUGAUGAUGAGGGAUGUAGUGAGAUGACCGAGUCGAAGGAAGAGAGUCUCGACGAUUGUGAUUGUGAGACUGUCGAAAAACAAUGCCCUGACAAAGUAGAUGAGUAUUCCAUGUACCAUAAAAUAUCUUUGACCUUCGUGACUCCAUGUAUAUUGUUUACCUUUUAUAAAUGAAUAUGAUAAUAUGUGUUCUACUUUAAAGUAUUCACCGUAUGUUUAUGUUAAUUUGUUGAAACCUAGGGGACCUCUUGAUGACAUGUCACGUUUAAAUUCUACAAAAUAUGAAUGGAGAAUUCGAGUCAAGGUCUUGUGUUUAUGGAAACAGAAUUUCAGUGGGUUUGGUAUGAGUUUAGUGAUGAUUUCUAUCCGAUAGGAAGAUUUGCGAUUUUCUAAAAAAAUUUCUCUUCACUC